AUGCUCGCACCCGACGCACCAACGCCUUCCCCCGCCUUCUUCUGCCGGUGGGACUACUGUACCGCCUCCCACCCAACUCUGGCCGCCCUCUCCUCCCAUCUCCGCGACCAUAUCUCAGCCGAGCGACCAGUAUACAUCCCCGUUGCGAAGCGGCGGCGCACGAACGGCGGCUGGGUCCUAGACGACACCGACAGUACACUCCCCUUCCCACCAUCAUUCUCUACCUCUAGCCAGUCGCAACGGAGCGGGCACGCCUCAAGACCGUCAAUCGACGACUUCCUUCCCCCAGCUGACGUCUCUGAUCUGGGCCUCGAUGUUGGCGUUGGCGUUGGCGAGGUCGACUUUGACGCGUUCCUACGCUCGCCGAGUCCGGUACGCCGGCCUGUGAGCUCGACACCACUCUCCCAGAUUCCUCUGCCCACACAACCGCUCCAGCUCUCCCAACCUUGCCCAAGCCAACCUUUCUCUGUCCUACCUUCCCUCCCGCCUGCCGCCCAGCGUCAGCCACCCUCUCAACCCUCCGAGGCCAGCUCGGGCGCCCUCGUCUCGCCGCCCAAUAGCAUGCUACCACCCACGCAGCCGCCACCGCCUACGGCUGACUCGAACGUCUCUGCGUCACCGCGUCGGUCUCUGCAGUUCGGAGUCGCCGAUACUCCGCGACGCGUGAGCGCUGGUGGGGUCGGGUUUGACUGGGGAACGGGAAAGUAG